AUGAUUGGGGCUGAGAUUGAGCCUGGCAUCCAGGCCAAGCCUGAAAAGAAGCCUGGAGAAGAAGUUGGGGGUGGGGCUGAGAGAGAGAAUGAAGUCCCAGUGGUGGUCAGACCCAAGGUUAGGACCCAGGCCCAGGUAAUGCCUGGAGCAAGGCCCAAAACUGAGACCAUGGCAGUAGUUGGGACACAUCCUAAGAGUGAGACCAAGGCAAUCACUGAGGCAAGGUCCAUAAAUGAAACCUAUUCAUGGGCCAAGACUGAGUUUGAUACUGAGGCACUACUGAAGACAGAGGGAGUAUCCCAAACCAAUGCUAUAUCCUGGCCACUGAUCAGUACUGAGUCUGGGUCAAUUGCUAAAACUAAGAUCUGGUCUAUGGAUAGGGAACUGGUCAGUAUGGAUGCUGAGUCCUUUCCUGGCACCAAGGUCAAGUCCCAGUCAGGUAUCCAGCCUUUGUUUGAGUCAGAGGAGGAGACCAAUAUGGGGUCCUGGUGCCAUCCCAGGCCUACAUCCAAAAAAGAGACUUCUCACAAUUGUGAUUUCAGAUGGGUGGAUAGAUCCUCUCUGAGCUCCUGGUUCUGGAGUAGAGAAGAGGUCAGCACAAGGCUUCAUCCUAGAGACAGGGUAAAGGCCAGUACUAGGUCCAGGCACAUGGCCAAAGAAGAGGCCAUGUCUAGGCGCAAAACCAGUCGGGAGCUUUAUGUUGCAUCCAGUUCUGGUUCUGAGGAUGAAUCUAUUAAGACAUCCUGGUUCUGGGCCAGAGAAAAAACCAGUGUCUGGUCUAAGCCCAGGGAAGAGACCAAUAGUAGGUCCUGGUUUAGGUCUAAGAAAGAAGUCUCUGAAUCUAAUUCUGGGUCUGAAUGUGAGGACAAUGUAAAAUCCUGGUUCUGGGCUGGAGAGGUGGCCAGGUACAAACCCAGAGCCAGGAAAGGGGCCGAUGUCAGGGCCAGGCACAGGGCCAAGCGAGAAGCUUCCAUUGAUUUCAUGUCUGGCUCUAUGGAUAUAGUCAAAAAAGAGUCCUGGUUCUGGCCUGGAGAAGAGGCUAAUAACUUGUCUAGGCCCAAGUCCAAGAAAGAGGCCAGGGCCAGAGCAAUGGCAAAGGAAGAGGCCAAAAUCAAGGCCAGAGCCAGGACAAAGCGAGAAGCCAGGUCAGAGGAAGAGUUCCUCACUGGGGCCUGGUUCUGGGUUGCAGAAGGGUCCAGCAUAGUGGGUGGGGCCACUGUCACAUCCUGUUCUCAAGUGGAGGAUGAGUCCAUUGUUGGCAGUUGGUUCUGGACUGAAGAAGAGGCGAGUAUGGGGACUGAGUCCAGUGGUAAAUUCAUACCAAAGAUUGAGCAGGAGCCUAUUGGCAAUUCUAUGCUUGGAACUGGGGAAAAGACCAGUGUGGAAACUGAGGCUGAUGCCACUUCCAAAUCUGUGCCAGCAGAUGAUACAGAAAAGGUCAUUGCCAGUUUCUGCUUCUGGGCUAAUGAAGAAACCAACCCAGAGGCUAAAGAAGAAACCAUUUUUGGGUCUUGGUUUUGGGUCAGUGAUGAGGCCAGUGUGGAAGCUGGUAUUGGGGCCACCUGUGGGUCCAGGCCAAGGUCUGAGGAAGAAGAGAUCAUUGGUCCCUGGUUCUGGGCUGGAGAAGAAAUCAAUACAGAGCCUGAGUUUAGAGAAGAGGCCAGGCCAGGAGCUGAAGAAGAGACAAUAUUUGGGUCCUGGUUUUGGGCUGGAAACCAGGCCCAUGGGGCUGAAGUCAAUUGUGACACUAUGCCAGAGACUGAAGAAGAGGAGCCCAUUAUUGGGUCAUGGUUCUGGGCUGGAGUAGAAGAAGCUUGUGGGAGGGCUGAAGUCAGCAACAAGUCUAUCCUGGAGGACAAGGAAAAGGGUAUUAUAUCAUCUUGGUUUGGGACCACUGAAGAGAUCAGUAUGAAGUAUGCCACUGGUGCCCAAUGUAAAUUUAUGACAACUGCUGAAGAGAUCAAUACUGAGUUUGACUUCUGGUCAGGAGAAGAUCCCUGUAUGUUUGCUGCUAAUGGAUGCAGCUGGAAGUCUAGGCCAGAGGAGGAACAGGACACUGUUGAUUCAUGGUUCUGGUCCAGAAAAUAUACAAGGCCAGAGACCACUGUAGGGCCCUGGUUAUGGGCCGUGGAAGAGGGCAGUAUAGAUGAUAGGACUGAAGAAGAAGCCAAGGCACCAACCAAGGAGGAGACCAUGAUCAUGUCCUGGUUCUGGAAAGGGGAUAAAGCCAUUAUAGGGGCUACAGACAGAGAAGAAUCCAGGCCAGAUGCUGAAGAGGAAGACAUUAUUGGUUCUUGGUUCUGGACUGGGGAGGAAGACAGGCUUGAAACAGAAGCAGAGGCUAGAGAAGAGGACAGGCUGGCAGCUGAAGAGGAACAUUUUGUUGGGUCUUGGUUCUGGGCCACGGAAGAGGCCAUUAGGAACAAGGCUAGCAUUUGCAGAAAAUACAGUCCAGAAGCUGAAGAGGAGGAAGUCAUUGUUGAGUCCUGGUUCUGGGCUGAAGAAGAAGCCAGUCUGGAGGCAGGGGAUAGUUUUGAGUCCAAGCAUGGCACUGAAAAGGAGGAAAUCAUUGUUGGGUCCUGGUUCUGGGCUGAAGAAUAUAAUAUAGACUUUGGACCCCAGGCAAUAGAAGAGACCACAUCAAGGUCUGGAGAGGAAACCACUUUUGGAUCCUGGUUCUGGGAUGCAAAAGAAAUCAAUGUAGAAGCAGAAACAUACUGUGCAUAUAAGCCAGAGAAUGAUGAAGAGAUGAUUGUUGAGUCCUGGUUCUGGUCUGGAGACAAGGCCACUAGUGAGACUGAAACUGUGGCCACCUCUGAAUCCAGGCCAGAAAAUGAGGAAGGGGCAGUUGUUGGGUCCUGGUUUGGAGCUAAAAUUAAGGCCAAUAACAGGACUGGUAAUGGAACCAACUAUGAGUCAAGGACAGUAGCUGAGGAGGAUGAGGCCAUAGUGGGGUCCUGGUUCUGGGCAGGAGAUGAGGCCCAUUUUGAAUCAAAUCCUAGCCCUGUGUACAGGGCCAUUUGCACGUCCAGAUGUUCAGUUGUGCAGGAGCCUGAUGCUUUACGUGGGCCCCAGAGGUGGGAGGAGGUUACUGUUCAGUUUAAGCCUGGCCCAUGGGGUAGGGUUGGCUUCCCAUCCCCAAGCCCCUUUAGAUUUUCUAAAGAAGCAGCAUUUCUGUUCUCUGAAAUAUUUGGAGGAAAGCCCAAGCACAUGGAACUGAGCCUAGAAGGGGAAGAGCAGGGAUCUUUGCUUCAGCCUGGUAAGCCUGACCCUGAGUUCCCAUUUCAGUAUGAUCCAUCCUACCGGUCAUUCAGGGAAAUUCGAGAACAUCUUAGGACGAGGGAGAGUGCAGAGCCUGAGAGUUGUUUCUGCAGCUGCAUACAGUGUGAGCUUAAAAUUGGUCCUGAAGAGUUUGAAGAACUCCUUCUAUUAAUGGACAAAAUUUGAGAUCCUUUUAUUCAUGUAUCUAAAAUUGCAAUGGGUAUGAGGACUGCUUCUCAGUUUACUCGUUAUUUCAUUCGUGAUUCAAGUGUUGUCUCACUUAUUGAAACCUUGCUCAAUUAUCCCUCCUCCCGAGUUAAGAUAAGGUUUUUGGAAAAUAUGAUUCACUUGGCUCCACCUUAUCCAAAUCUAAACCUGAUUCAGACAUACGUAUGUCAAGUAUGUGAGGAAACUCUUGCUUAUAGGUUGGAUUCCCCUGAGCAGUUACCUGGAAUAAAGAUGGUUAGACACCUCACUACAACUACUGACUAUCACACACUGCUUGCCAAGUAUAUAUCUGGGUUUCUCUCCUUAUUAGCCACGGGCAAUACCAAAACAAGAUUUCAUGUUCUGAAGAUGCUACUGAAUUUGUCUGAAAAUCCUGUCAUGACAAAAGAACUACUCAGUGCUGAAGCAGUGUCAGAAUUUAUGGGCUUUUUUAACAGGAAAGAGACAAAUGACAAAAUUCAGGUUGUUCUAGCAAUGCUUGAGAAUAUUGGUAACAAUAUUAAAAAAGAGGCGUUGUGGUUCACUGAUGAUGAUUUCGGUCUUGAGCCAUUUAUUUCUGCAUUCCAUGAAGUUGAGAAAUUUGCUAAGGAACUGCAAGGCAAAACAGAUGAUCAGAAUGACCCUGAGGCAGAACAGAAAAAUGAGUAUGAUUAA